AUGCCGCUAAUGCCUCCACUACCAAACAAACGUGUGAGUGAAUCAGCACCAUUUACAUACGCCGGAGUGGAUUACUUUGGACCAAUCUUCAUUAAAACAGAAACUGGCAGUAAAAAGGUAUGGGUGUGUCUAUUUACCUGCUUGGUAGUAAGGGCUAUACAUCUUGAACUCAUGCAGGACAUGUCCACAGAACAGCUUUUACUAGGACUAAGGAGAUUUAUUGCACGUUUUGGCAAGCCAAAACAAAUCAUCUCUGAUAACGGUGCUCAAUUCAAACUUGCAAGCCUGGUGUUGGAAAAAGGUUGGGAAAAAGUCACUUCGGAUAAAGAUGUCCAAAGUUAUAUUGCAAAUGAAGAGAUUCAGUGGCAAUUUAUUGUGGAACUGGCACCAUGGAUGGGAGGAUUUUAUGAACGUCUGGUUGGUGUCAAACGAUGCUUAAGAAAAACUAUGGGAAAACUCUGUUUAACAAAUAAGCAGAUGAGAACUAUGCUUGCAGAAGUCGAAGCAGUUGUGAAUACUAGACCCUUAGUCUACAUUGGAGAUGAUAUUAAUUCAAACAUCACCUUAACUCCAGCACAUUUCCUCACUUUGAACCCAAAAAUAGGACUUCAAGAUAGUGAAAAUUUUGAUCCCAUGGAUCCAGACUAUGUACCCCAUGCAAGCUCUGUGAACACUUUAUUGGCAAUUUGGAAGAAAGAAUGUACCGAUGACUCAGAUCAUGGUGACAGUGAUGCAAAUAAGGAAAAACCAACAGUCAGUGAUAUUCCUCCGUUGCCCAGAGCAAAGAGACAGGCUGCUGAAAAAGCCACAAAACUGAUUAAAGAACAAUUAAAUUCGUGA